GCAACUUACAUAAAGCAUACAACAUCACUCUUGGUUGAUAAGCCAUCUAUCAAUAACAAUAAGAAUAAAUUAGAUAUACAACGAAAAUCAAAAAAAAGUCUUAGACUUACGUUCUUGAAAGUUAAUACAAGUUCAUUCUUAAAUCUUUCAGGAAUAAAUUCAUCAGGAUUCUUCGAAUAUUUUGAUGAAUGA